CCGCUCCAGGCGGCGGCUUCCUCGCAGCAUCCUCUGCCAGCCUCUGUCCCCGGCACAUGUAGCCCCAUCCAGGAAGAAGCUCUGUGAUGUGUAGAUCGUGAGUUUGCUCAAGCAAACCACAGUCUUCACAAGGAAUAAUUAGACACGAGGACUAAGAUGGAAGAGCCAGCACCAAUGGAAGACCAGGGCCAGCUCCCAAGCCCCCAGCAGGGCUCUCUGAGGAAGGCUGUGGCUGCUGCCCUGGCCCUGGAUGGGGAAUCCACGAUGGGUCGCAGGAAAAAGAAGAAGAAAGAGUCUCGCCCAGAAUCUAUCAUCAUCUACCGGUCAGAGAAUGAGAAACUGGAUGAAGAACCUGAGGAAUCAGAAGGUGGAGACCAGCCCAAAGAGGAGGAGGGAGACGAUUUCCUAAACUAUCCUGCAGACGAUGGUAUGUGGAAUAUGCCUUUGGACAGCCGCUAUGUCACAUUAACUGGGACCAUCACACGAGGGAAGAAAAAGGGUCAGAUGGUGGACAUCCAUGUCACAUUGACAGAGAAGGAGCUGCAGGAAUUGACCAAGCCUAAAGAGUCAUCAAGGGAAACAACACCUGAAGGCAGAAAAGCCUGUCAGAUGGCAGCAGACCGUGGACCCCACGUGGUCCUCUGGACGCUGGUGUGCCUGCCUGUGGUUUUCAUCCUCUCUUUCGUUGUCUCUUUUUACUAUGGCACUAUCACCUGGUAUAACAUCUUCCUUGUGUACAACGAGGAGAGGACCUUCUGGCACAAGAUCUCAUGUUGCCCCUGCCUCAUUCUGUUCUAUCCAGUGCUCAUCAUGGCCAUGGCCUCUUCCCUGGGCCUCUAUGCUGCUGUGGUCCAGCUCUCUUGGUCCUGGGGGGCAUGGUGGCAAGCUGCCCGGGACAUGGAGAAAGGCUUCUGUGGCUGGCUCUGCAGCAAGCUGGGUCUGGAGGACUGUUCUCCCUACAGCAUUGUGGAGCUGCUUGAGUCUGACAAUAUCUCAAGCAAUCUCUCCAACAAGGACCCCACCCAGGAGGUAGAAACUUCUACUGUCUAAACUCCCAACAACUUACUUCCUUCUCUGGUCCCAGUAGCCUGUAUAUCAUCUUCCAGUUCCAGAAGAUUCUGUCUUUAAAUUAUCCCCUUCCCCUCACAGUUCAUCUGGAAAAUUCUAGCCCAUGCUGAUCUGUCCUACCAUCUUGAUGGUUCUGGGAGGGCAGGGAACAGAAAAGCAAUUUGUGCCAAAGCAGUCCAUCCAGUGGACAAACCCUUCUUCAUUCCCUGACCUAAAAUGACCAUUUAUCUGAGAUAGGGAGCUCAGUUGUGUAUCAGUUCAGGAACUUGAAGGUGUUAUGGGUGCCUGGAACCCAGGACACUAAAUGUGACCGGGAGAAUCAGGAGGCUCUGGGGAGACAGUCCACAAGUGAGAGAACAGAUAGAGAUGGAGUGAAACAUUCAGGAAGCAGGGCUACCACAGUGUAGCAGAAUGUAAAGAUUUGUGCGUAUCACUUAGAUUUUGAUUUAGCGUAUAAUUAAAAUCCUAAAAUAUCAGUGGCUUAAACAAGAAAUAUUCUCUUUUUAGUAUACAAGUCUGGAGGCAGACCCUCAGGGGACCCGAUGAAGUCAUCGGGGUCCUAGACUUCCUUUAUUCCCCUACCAUUAGUAGGAUGUGGCCCUCAUCACCCUUGUCCUCAACACCCUGGUGCUGGCUGCAUCUCUAGCCAUCACAUCCAUGCUUCUGGCAGAAUAGAGGAAGGGGCAAAGAAGAGCGCACCCUCCUCGUUUAAGAAGACUUCCAGAAGUCUCGCCCAACACUUCUUAUAUCUCAUUGUCCAGACCUUAGUCACAUGACCUCACAAUCAAAAGAGGCUGGGAAAUGUUUUUUGGCUGGGCAGCUAUAUUCUAGGCUAAAUAUUGGGGUUAUGCUAUUUUAAGAGAAAAGGGAAGAAUGGCUAUUUUGGUAGGCAAGGAAGAAUCUCCGCCUCACAGUAUUUAAAUACAUUCAGGUCCCAAACUGCUAAUAUAGUUUUGUUUAUUUAUUUAGGCCUGAAUCUUACACAGAGAAAUUAUACAUAGAUACUGGCCACACAUACUAUGUAUAUGCUGUAUAUAGAUAUUAGCAACUCAUGUACUUUGCAACCAAAUGUCCGUAAUGUCAUGCAGUUUCAGGAUUUUUAGAAAGGCAGAGUGAAGGGUUGAGUACAAUUAUAUAAUAGUUUAACUGUUUUCCUGGGAGUGAAGGGGGGACUAGGUGGUGAUAUUUAAUCUAAUCUACAGAUUAAACACUGAACUGCAUUUGUCAAGCUCCCCUCCCACCGGGGAUCAGUAGCCCUAAGCAUGAAGGAGACAGAGUCAUCUUUCUGUUGUUUGGCAAAAUCUCACUCAGAGCCUUACUCACUCGGACCUUUCUGGAGUUUAACGAACAAAUACCAUCUUUGCUGUUCUGAGAAGCAUGUGUCUUCCUGGCCACUAGGGGGUGUAAACCAGAUGAAUUCAGAUGAUUAAUAGAUUCUGAACUUUUUAAAAAAAUUUGUUCCUGAAGCUGUCUUCCUAAUUUCAAAAAAAAUUGAAUCCUAAGAGGUCAGGAGGCUUGGGUCCUUACAAGAAUAGCUUGCGCCCAUUUCUUCUUCACAUCUCAGGAAGAAGCUGUGGAAAGAACUGUUGUGAAUCAAACCAAAUGGGUGGGGCAUGCUCUCCCACAGAAGGCCAAGGACAUUUGCUUAGUGUAUGGUGCUGAACACCACCUUCAGAGGAACUCCCCCUCUUUUUUCAAAUAACUAUUAUUCGUUUGACAAAAAAACAACUCUGCCCAGCAUUUUUGAAGAUAACCUUGGUGCUCUCUGGUGCUUUUGCAGAGACAUAAACAA